AUGUCUUUCUUCAUCGCCUUCGGCAUCACCUCCUGGCUGAUCUCUCACCUCCACUCCCUGCUGCACACCUGCGCCGCCUCCAACAGGGUCCCCCACUUCUUCUGCGACAUCUUCCCCCUGCUGAACCUCUCCUGCUCCGACACUGGGCUCAAUGCCCUGGUGGUGCACACCGAGGAGGCCCUGGUGGUCAACAGGGUGCUGGUUUUCAUCCUCCUCUCCUACGUUGCCAUUGUGUCCCCCGUCAUCAAGGUCCCUUUGCCCGACGGCAAGCGCAAGGCCUUCUCAACCGGUGGCUCCCACCUGGCUGUCGUAGCGGUCUUCUUCAGCACCGUUAUCUGGGUCUACUUCCAGCCCUUGUCCAGCUUCUCUGCUGAAAAGGGUGCUGUUUCAGCUGUCACGUACACUGUGGUCACCCCCAUGCUCAACCCCUUCAUCUACACCCCGAGGAGUGAUGAGAUGAGGGGGCUCUGA